AUGGUUGCAGAGUGGUUGCUGCGUGGUUGCGCGGUGGUUGCAUCAGACAAAGGUUUCAAUCAAACAAUGGUUGUAGGGGUCGACCCUGCUGGUGUAAGAUACACUUUGGAGUUGUUAUAUGGCUCAAAUCGACAAUGCAUAGAGUUGAUGUGGAUGUCUCGUGAUGCAUUUGUUCUUUUGUGCAAUCAUUUUAGACAAAGAGAAUGGAUUAAAGAUAGUAAGAAUGUAUCAAUUGAAGAAAAGAUAGCAAUAUUUUUAACUAUCAUAGCACAUAAUGAGCGAUUUAUUGUCAUGAAGCGAAGAUUUCAACACUCUUCACAAAUUGUUCACAAGUAUUUUCAUGAGGUUCUUGAAGAAAUGAUGCAUUUUGCAAAAGAGAUGAUAGUAUCCACAGUUGAUUUUGAUUCCAAUAUUCCAACUACUCAAAAAAAUAUUAGAAAAUUUUUCAAGGGAGCAAUUUGUGCACUUGAUGGAACACUAGUGCAUGCUAUAAUCCCACUUGGCAAACAAAUUGCUUAUAGAGGAAGAGGAAAGGGAUGGGAAGGAGUAGCACAUGAUUCACGAGUUCUAAAAGAGAUAGUAGCCAAUCCAAAUAAUUGUUUUCAAUUUCCUCCUCCAAGAGAUUAUCAUCGUAGGCGUGCUGUAACGAAAGAGGAAAAGUUUAAUCAUGCUCACGCUCAACUAAGAAAUGUUAUUGAACGUUCAUUUGGAGUUUUGAAAUCAAGAUUUCCAAUACUAGAUAAGAUGGCUCCAUAUGAGUUUCAUGUCCAAAGAGAUGUUGUUAUUGCAUGUUUUGCAAUUAACAAUUUUAUUAGGAAGGAUUGUAUCAACGAUGAAUUAUUCAAUCAAUUUGAUCAACCUCAAGUCAUCUUUGAGGAAGGACUGGAAGAACAAAUAAUGGAGGAAACAAAUGAACCCAGUUGGAGAGCAGAAGAUGCACAAUUCAUGAACAAUUUGAGAAAUGAACUUUCACUAAAGCUAAUGCAAAGAAGAGGAAACAAUUGA